GACACGUUAGCUUCUUAGUGUGCCAAAAUCGCUUUCAUCUUUCUUAAAGUUUCAUCUUUGCUUCAAUACUUAUACUAAUACUUUUUUGCCCAACCGCCCAAAAGACAAAGCUUGUACAGAAAUUAAAAUACCAUGUCCACAAUUUUAUCUCAUAUAACAUCACAAUCAUAAAUGUCUGGUUUGUUUCUUGGAAUUCUUUGUAUUACAAAGAGGGGUUUUCAGCUCCGAUCAUUUGAUUCACUUACCCCUUCUGUUUCUUCUAAGAUAGAGCAAAGAAGUAUAGGAAGCCAUGGAUAUAAUGAUGAGAAUCUAGGUGAAAAAGCUAGAGAAGCCAAGCAGAGAUUGGAUCACAGGCUAAGAAGCUAUGUUGUCAGCCUCUUCAGUGAGCUUAUACUACUUCAUCGUGGUUAUUCCAAACAGGACUAAAAGUAAAGAAGAAAGAAUUAAAGAUGUUGAAAAUGGGCAAGCUGAAUCAAAUACAUUGCAGCAGAAAAAGAUGUUUGGACUGAAGCAAAAUGGGAUAAAGAAAUUUAGCAGGGUAAUAAAGCAAUGGAAGGAUAUAGAAAAGGAUGAAUGCACCAUUUGCUUGGACCAAUUCAAGGUUGGUGAUAACCUAAUGCAUUUGCAAUGUGACCACAAGUUCCAUUCAAGUUGUUUGGUUCCAUGGUUAGAGAAUUAUACCAAUUGCCCUUGCUGCAGAAUGGAGAUUGUCACUUGAAAAAAUGGAUUAUGCAGAGUUUGUACAUAUGAUGUUUUAAAUGAGAGGAUUGUAUGGAUUGCACAGGGUUUGUAAAUAUGAAGUUUUAAAUAAGAGGAUUGUAUCAUUGGAUCAAGUAGUCCAACCUUUGUGUUUUAAAAGUCAGCGGUUUGAUGGGUAAAAUACACAAAUAGCCACUUUUCAGCCCCCGUAAAUAGCCACUGUCAUGGAGUUUUAAAUAUCACAAGUGAAACUUUAGGACGACAUCUUGGAGGUUCGGCCUUGGAAUUUGAAAUUUCAUAAGUGACAAACUCUGCAACAAUCCAUUUUGGACUUCUAGUUACAAGGUUGAAAAGUGGCUAGCAAGUGCUAUUACUACUGGUUUGAUUGCUACAGAAGUGAGAUAUUUUGGACCUCACUAACAUAUUACUAUUAGAUUUAUAAAUUAUGACAUGAAUUCCUUGUAUCAUAGUGUUUUCAGUUAAUUUGGUACUUUAGCAUUUCCUCCUUCUCUAGGCAUCUAGAUUACAGGUUUGCACUAGGAAGAGGCAGGAAUUUGCACUGGAAAGGAGCGGGAUGGGAGAUCUUGUUACACCAAGCAGUAAUCUAUUUGAAAGAACAAAAGGGAUAUAUUCCAAUGGAAAAUGAUACCGUAUCAAAAGAAAUUGCACUAUCAAUAUAGUUUAGUUAUCAUGUU